AUGCAAAAUCAUGCUUCUUCAAGCACUUCAACAAUCAGUUACGAUAAAUCAAAUGUAUUCAAAGGUCUCAAACGUCAACCUGUUGAGGAUCAAGAUAUUUAUAGCCAUGACAGUCCUCAUCCUUCUUCGAGCACUUCAACAAUCAGUAACGAUACAGUUACUGAUGACAUCAGGUUGUUGGAUAUAAGUGGCGACGAUGUGGAGACGAUCGAUAAAGUUCCGAUCAAAAUGGAAAAGAUCGAGAACGUCAACGAUCCAAUUAUUAUUAUCGAUGAUGAUGACGUUGAAAUGAUGGGCGAAAACGUGGAGACAAUUGAUAACAUUCCUAUCAAAACCGAGAAGAUCGAAAUGAAUAUCAAAUUGGAGAACAUUCCUAUCAAGAUGGAAACGCCAUCUAUUGGACCAUGUCACCAUCCAAAGCACGUGGAGUACGAAGAAUUAGGCCUCACAAAAAACUCCUUCGUAAGAAUCACAAAAAAUCUUGCCAAGGUAGUUGGGAUUGACCGAGGCUUGAUGAUUUGCCGAGGAUGCGUGAAGCAAACUCAUCACGACACUGAGUAUACCUCCCAUCAGGAUUAUAUUUCUCCAAAGAAAGCGAGAAAAGAUAAGAUGUUGAAGAACCUAAAGAUUGAUAUGUUUGGGUUUGGGACGAAUAAUAUUCCUUCACGGCGCAAGUGGAUCAUAAUUGAUUAA